AGUGACGUCUGGCAGGGCGCGAUGGCGGCGAGCAGCAGCUUUCCGUUUCAGGGGCUGUUGCCCAAGAGGGAGACCGGCGCGCUCGCCUUCCUUAGCCGGCGGCCCGAGAGCGACGGCCGCGGGGUACUGAUCGCCGUGCUAGACUCCGGGGUGGACCCGGCGGCGCCGGGGCUGCAGGUGACAACGGAUGGAAAACCAAAGAUUAUUGACUUCAUUGAUGCUUCUGGAAGUGGUGAUGUGAAUACUUCCACUGUUUUAGAAACUAAGGAUGGUGAAUUGGUUGGUCUUUCAGGAAGAACACUCAAGAUACCAUCAGACUGGAUCAACCCUUCGGGGAGAUACCACGUUGGUAUCAAGAAUGCUUUUGAUCUCUAUCCUGUGCCACUCAAGGAACGAAUUCAGCAAGAGAGACGGGAGAAGCGAUGGGAUCCCCUUCAUCGUGUGGCUGUGGCAGAAGCACACCGAAGGCUGACGGAAUUCAACAAAAACACCGCCACUCUAUCUCAGGAAGUGAAGUUGCUCCAAGAAGACCUUCAGUGCCAAAUUGAUCAGUUGGAUAUACAAGAGAAGAAACAUUCUGACCUUGGACCUGUGUAUGACUGCUUGGUUUGGCAUGAUGGAGAGAGCUGGAGAGCUUGUCUUGACACGAGUGAAUGUGGAAACUUGAGUAGCUGUCGAACUCUAAGGAGCUACAAGGAAGGCUAUGAAUAUGCACAGUUGGGUAAAUCUGAAAUGCUGAAUUACUCCAUCAAUAUUUACGAUGAUGGCAACACUCUUUCCAUUGUCACGAACUCUGGAUCCCAUGGGACACAUGUGGCUGCAAUUGCUGCUGGGCACUUUCCAGAAGAUCCAGAGAGGAAUGGUGUAGCUCCUGGAGCCCAGAUUUUGGCCAUUAAAGUGGCUGACUCCAGGUUAAACACGAUGGAAACUGGGACCAGCUUAAUCCGUGCCAUGAUUGAGGUGAUCAAUUACAAGUGUGACCUUGUCAAUUACAGCUAUGGUGAAUCAGCUCACUGGGCUAACUCUGGGAGGAUAUGCAAGGUGAUUGAAGAGGCAGUUCUGAAGCACAACAUUAUCUUUGUGUCGAGUGCUGGCAAUAAUGGACCCUGUCUCUCCACAGUUGGUGCUCCAGGGGGUACUUCCACAUGUAUCAUUGGUGUUGGUGCAUACGUCAGUCCAGAUAUGAUGGUGGCCGGAUACUCUAUGCGGGAGAAGUUACCAGCUAACCAGUACACGUGGUCAUCAAGAGGACCUUGUGUUGAUGGAGCACUGGGAGUGUGCAUCACUGCCCCGGGAGGAGCCGUGGCAUCUGUCCCCAACUGGACACUGUGUGGCAUGGAGCUGAUGAAUGGGACCUCUAUGUCUUCUCCAAAUGCUUGUGGAGGCAUUGCUCUCUUAAUCUCAGGUUUGAAAGGAAAUGGCAUUGGUUAUACUGUGCAUUCAGUGCGCCGUGCUUUGGAGAACACAGCAAUGAAGGUGGACAACGUUGAAGUGUUUGCACAAGGCCAUGGAAUCAUUCAGAUUGAUAAAGCCUAUGACUACCUCUGCCAAAAUGUCUCAGUAAAAAGCAGCCAUUUGGGCUUCAAUGUCAAGAUAUACCACUGGCGUGGAAUCUACCUCAGGGAGCCAGCAUAUCUGUCUGUGCCAAUUGACUUCUCUGUUUCCGUGGAGCCAGUCUUUCCUGAAGACACAGAUAACAGUGAGAAGAUUGGUCUGCAGAUACACCUGGCUUUGACGUGCAAUGCAUCCUGGGUGCAGAUCCCUUCCCACCUGGAGCUGAUGAACCAGUCACGGCGGGUGACAAUCCGGGUGGAUGCACGCGGUCUCAAGGAAGGGUCACACUACACCGAGGUCAUUGCUUAUGACACAACAGCUCCUGGUGCUGGCCCUUUGUUCCGAAUUCCUGUCACAGUUAUUAUCCCUUCAAGGGUAAAUGCAGGUUGUGAAUACAAAAUUGAGCAAAAAAAUGUUGCCUUCAAGCCUGGAGACAUGAGAAGAGAAUUUAUUGAAGUACCUCAAGGAGCUACGUGGGCUGAGAUAACCUUAACUUCGAGGUCAGAAGACAAAACAUCGGAGUUUGUAGUGCAUGCUGUCCAACUUCAGAAACUUAAAGCUUUCCGGGUGCAUGAAUUUUACCGACAUCUGUACCUGUCGGAGAAAGCCACUGCAACAGAUAGUUUUGCAGUUCAUGAAGGAGGAACCAUUGAGGUUUGCAUUGCUCACUGGUGGUCGAGCCUGGGCCAUACUGCCAUUGACUACACCAUUUCAUUCCAUGGGCUGAAAUGCAGCACUGAUGAAUUGCACAUUCAUGCCUCUGAAGGUAUUGUGCGAUUUGAUACCACAGCUUCAUUGAAAUAUGAGGAAAUUUCCCCUGUCGUCACUCUCAAAACCUGGGUGCAGACGCUUCGACCAGUGGAUGCUAAAACAAGGCCUUUAAGCUCUCGCGAUGUCCUGCCCACUAACCGACACCUAUAUGAAUUGGUCUUGACCUACAAUUUCAGCCAGGCAAAGUGCAGUGAGGUGAUCCCCAGCUGCCCUCUCCUCUCCGACCUGCUGUACGAGUCCGAGUACGACAGUCAGCUGUGGAUGCUGUUUGAUCAGAACAAGAGAUUGAUGGGAUCGGGCGAUGCGUAUCCUGACAGGUACUCACUGAAGUUGGACAAAGGGGACUAUGUGAUUCGCCUCCAGAUUCGGCACGAGUUGUUGAGCGAGCUGGAACACUUAACAGACCUGCCAUUCCAUAUCAGCCGCAAGCUUCCAGCCCCGUUAAACCUGGACAUAUACCGGACCCACGUCAAUGCCCUGCUCAACAAGAACAAGUGUGGCAGCAUUACACUGGAUCCAAAAUACACCAUCCCAUUCUACGUCACCACAUUGCCCGAAGACAAAGUUCCCAAAGGAAUUGAUAUUGGCUGCUAUCUUAAGGGAACACUCACCCUUUCUAAAACUGAAAUGGGCAAAAAAGCUGACGUGCACACUGUGUUCUACCAUCUGAUAUCCCCUCCAAACAAGAUGAAGAAUGGGAGCAAAGAUAAGCCAACCAAAGAAAAAGAAAAAGACCCAAAGGAGCUAUAUGAGGAGGCUUUAAGAGACCUCAAGAUCCAAUGGCUGCCCAAACUGGAACAACAUGAGGAACUGACAUCAAUGUACCCUGAACACUUACCUGCACACAUUGCUUACCUCACCAGCCUUGAUUCUGGAAAGGAACGGCUGAAGAGGCUGAAUGAAAUCGUUCAAGCGGCUGAUGUGGUUAUCUCACACAUUGACCAAAAAGCCUUGGUGACCAACUUGGUCAUGAAGACUGACCCAAGACCAGAUGCUGCAGCAAUCAAAAGUGAGAUGGAGAAACAGAAGUCUGCGCUGAUUGAAGCUCUCUGUGUGAAAGGAUGUGCCCUGGCUGAUACAUGUCUUCAAUCCCAGUCACAAAGUGAAGUGGCUUCAAUCAGAUCAGUCAGUCAGAAUGAGGAUGAGGUAGAUGAUAUUUCCAAGAGUCUGACGGAAACGUUCCACGAUGUCCAAAAGUGGAUUGAUCUCACUGACAGUAAGGCACUGACUUUUGCAUAUAAGCAUGCAUUGGUGAAGCAGCAUUUUGGACGCGCAUUGAAGUUUGCUACAAAAAUUGUUGAGAAUAAGCCAAGCCAAGAGAACUGGAACAACUGUAUUCAGUUGAUGAAGUCCCUGGGUUGGGAGCACUGUGCCUCUCUGUGUGAGAAUUCUCUGCUGGUGAUGUACCCUCCGGAUUAUGUUCCCUUUUAAAUCAUAUCUAUGGAGUGAAGAAUAUCGAAUGCUUAUUUAAUCAGGAUUGGUUCGUGAGGACCUAGACAGAUGAUUGGAGUGAACUUUUACGUUUGGAUUAUUUUCAUAUGUCAACUUUUUAAAAAAAAUUAUUGGACUAUGGUGGAAUCCACAAGUUAAUUAUGUGUGGUUGGUGUUAGGAAAUCUUCAGGUUUUGUUUGCCAGCUAUUGAGGAAUCUUCUCCUAUUGUGACAUUGCCCAGGUUGUGUUUCGGAAAAGGCAGGGCGCUCCUUCAGGUUUGUCGGAAUUCCAUCACCAUCCAACAUCCUUCCUUCAAUCCCAGUAGAUUUCCCCAUGCCUACCUACGUCAAUCUGACAAUUGCCCUUCGGCAUUGGCAGUUGUUGAGAGAAUGUUUCUCCUAUCCAACAUAUACAACAUGCUGGAGGAACUUGGCAGGUCAGACAUCAUCUGUGGAAAUAAAUUAAGAGUCGACAUUUCAGAUCGAGACCGUUCUUCAGGACUGGCAAGUGAGGGGGAGGGGCAGGAGUACAAGCUGGGUGUGUGGGUAGAAGAGGGGAGAUGAAGUAAGUAUCAGAAUCAGGUUUAAUAUCGCUGGUGUAUGUCAUGAAAUUUGUUUUGUGUCAGCAGUAGAUGUAAUACAUAAAAAUUGAAAAUAUAAAUUACAAUAAGAAAUAUAUAAUGAAAUAAGAAAUACAAAGCAAAAAAAAAGAAAAAAAAUAGUGAGCUAGUGUACAUAGACUCGUUGUCCGUUCAGAAAUCUGAGGGUAAGAACCUGUAACUGAAGUGUCGAGUGUGUGUCUUCAGGCUCCUGUAUCUCCAUCUUAAUGGUAGCAAUGAGAAGAGGGCAUGUCCUGGGUCAACUGUGUAUUCCCCCUCAAUAGAUGCUGCUAAUCUGCUGAGUUCCUCAGUAUCUUGUGUUGUUCCCUGUGUUCUGCCCUUGUGAACUGAUAUGUUGAAAACUCCCCAACCCCGCAAACCCCUGAAUGAACCAUAUUAAUAUAACUGUUUCCACUGCCUCACUCCAGAACUUCAGGUAGGUGAAUGUGGCCCUGAGUCACUUUUGUGCCCUGAUGUGGCCUCUACUUCCUGUGCAACGUUGCAUCUGCCCAGCAGAUAUACUGGUGGUAUUACUCAGCAGGUCAAUCAGCAUCUGCAGGGGAGGAAUUGUUAAUGUUUCAGAUCGAAACCCUGCAUCAAGACUGUCCUCAGGACUUGUAAUUUCCCCCAUCCCCUGCAGCAGACCCCACAGAUGCUGCUCAACCCACUGAGUUCCAAACACAAUUUGUGUGUAGACUCAGAUUCCAGCUUCUGUAAUCUCCUAUGUCUUCACUGUUUUUUGGCCACAUUCUCCUGGAAACCAUGGUUGCAUAAUGCUGAAACGGCAGGAGUGUUUGGAGUUCAAUUCUGGUGUCCUCUGUAAGGAGUCUGUACAUCCUCCCUAUGUCCAUAGAUGUACUGGUUUGUAGGGUAAUUUGCCAUUGUAAAUUGUCUUGUGAUAAGUCUAGGAUGAAAUAAAUGGAUUGCUGGGCAGUGCGGUUUGUUGGGGCAGAAUGGCCUAUUCAACUGUAUCUCUGAAUUUAAAAAAAAGAAUUAUCUUGGUAAACGUCAUCAUGAAGCUAAGACUGAUAUGAAGACACAGCCUUUCCCUGCUUCCCCGGUUGGGUCUAUAUCUGACUCCGAAACCAGGGCAGCAAUGGUUGAGUCGUCUCUUUGAGAACAUCCAGCAAAGUAUUCAGCACAGAACCACAAUUGUCAACUACUGUAGUGUGAAUUGUGCAGUUGCCCCAAAUUCUGCAGGAUGUUUCCUUGUUCCAUUGUCCCAUAGUUGUCAGAACUUUGGCCUUCCUGCUUACCAAAAUAACUCUCCCCUCCAGCUACCCUCUUCUCCCAGUCUCCCUCCCCUUUCCAGCUUCCCUCGCGUUUGAUGUGACAUUGGGAUUUACAAACACUUGAGACUCUAGUUGAAAUAGCCUGGCUGAGACAAACAGAACUCAGUAGCCUGAGACAAUCCAUUAGCUGGUAAAGAGCAACAUUAGUCUGUCAUGGAAAUGGAUAACUAUUUUUACGUUGCUUUUGUUGUGCAAUGCAGGUUUUAAUAUGAAAUAAUUUCAGCUGUUAUUUAUAUAAAUGCUGUUUAAUUAUAUCUAGGACUGCAUGUUGUUGCUUUCCACGUGAUGGUUAUUUCAAAACAAGAAAAAUAUAUUCUUUAUACCGCGCAGGGGAAGAAGGAAUAUCCCCAUUGUGCCUUCAGAUGUGGAGCAGCCUUUUGUGGAUGCAUAUCAGUGUUUAUCGACGAAUGAUCAGUGUGUUAGUUAAUGACUGAUGGGUCUCAUUUCUUACCAGUGAAGGAAUUGUGUUGCCCUGAGACAUUAAGGAAAGAAGACUACUUCAUAUAAGCCUCCUGACAAUUGUGAUUAUGCAUUCUGCAAAAAUUACUAAAUAUUCCAACCAAAUAAAUCAUAAGUUGUUUAACA